AUGAAUGUACUAUCCCCCUUAUUAGAUGUUGCUUCCAAAAAUGGUAUAUUUAAAUAUCACCCCAAAUGCAAAAGGAUUUCUCUCACCCAUCUUUGUUUUGCUGAUGACCUGUUGGACUUUUUCCAUGGAUCCCUUGAUGAUGUGGUGGGUGUAUUAAGCACCUUAGAGGUCUUCUAUGAGCUUUCUGGCCUUAGACUUAAUGACAUGAAAACUGAGCUUUAUGCUUGUGGUGUAUCUGACCUUGUCCUUGAGCAUAUUCAUUCUGGUACUGGGUUUAAAGUUGGGAAACUCCCUGUUAGGUAUCUUGGUGUACCUUUGGUAACUAGGAAACUCACAGGGAAUGACUGCUCUGCUCUGGUGAUUAAAAUUAAGGAGAAGCUUAGCAAAUGGUCAAGCCACAUUCCUAAGUUCUCUUUGAUCUCUUGGAUGGAAAUUUUGGAUAGGCUGCCUACAAAGGAUAGGCUUGCAAGGUCUGGUUUGGCUGCGGAUACCUCCUGUGGAAUGAGCCCUUAUGCUGGUGUGAUAACCUUCAAUGGUUGUUACAAAAUCUCAAAGCUUGGGGUUGAUGUAAUUGCAUAG